GUCAGCAUCAUGGUAAAUUAAUAGUUCACGAAUUAUUUCUUGAUUAUUGAGAUCCACUGUGAUGGGGGUUGGUUGGAAAUAAUCAAUAACAAUGCAGAGCGGUCUGAUGGAGAACUUGUUUGUAUUUUGGGAUUCAAGACGCUGCUUGAUGAACGAGCUGGGUGAUUUGCAGACAAUCGGUUCCCCCUGGUUCUCCUUCACCCCCAAAAGAGCGAGAACUAGCCCCUGUAUUUGCUUUUCGCGUCAGCUUUUCCCUUCCCUACAACCCUGUCUUGCGAAGCGCAAAUAUCGCAGAUUCCGGGAGUUGCUGAACCUAAAGGUCAACGUGCAUGAAACUAGCAGCGAGCUUCAAGGAAAACACGCCAUCACCCCAUGCAAAGCAGGGGAUGUGAGGGUGUUGCUUGGCAGGAGCUCCGGGGAAUCGCUGCCGCUUACCCAGAGGGAGGAAAAAUGGAACAACGGAGCCAAUCAUCGCACCCUUGAUGACGGAGCCUCAUUCUUUCAUCGACUCGUAGUGUCAGCAGCAGUGCAGUCUGCGCAGAUGAAACGGGACCCUCACGAGCAGGGUUGCCUCAUCUCCGCCAACGACCAGGAGGGCUUGAGAAUCCCGCUCGAUACUGGUCGGUCACGGGGCUUCAAGGAUCCCAAACCGAGAGCUCAAGGGCCCAUCUUUGGCAGAGAACGCAAAGUUACGGGGGUUGGACGUGGACACCUUUGA